UGUGCCGUUGUGUCCGUACAAGAUGGACUCAUAAGUAACGAUUCAACGAGUAUGUGAAAUGAAGUGUUGGGUGCGAUAAAAUUCGUGGUGGCGAACGCGGGAAACCGAUACGUCAUAUGACUCGUUGUUAGAUUCCACAGUGCAAGAAAGCGAAUAAGGAUUGUGAUAGUUGAGAAAAAAAAAGAAAGAGCAUGCCGCAGUUUCAUAAAGUCGAAAUCAACAGGACGGAAUGGGAGGUACCGGAGCGAUAUCAGUUACUGACUCCUGUGGGCUCGGGUGCUUACGGUCAGGUCUGUUCGGCUCUUGACACGACCAGUGGGCAAAAAGUAGCUAUUAAAAAGCUAGCUAGACCAUUUCAAUCAGCUGUGCAUGCAAAACGCACUUAUAGAGAGUUGCGUAUGUUAAAACAUAUGAAUCAUGAAAACGUAAUAGGAUUAUUAGAUGUAUUCCAUCCAUCUUCAUCAUUGGAAGAUUUUCAACAAGUAUAUCUAGUCACACAUCUAAUGGGAGCUGAUUUAAACAAUAUUGUGAGAACUCAAAAACUAUCAGAUGAUCAUGUGCAAUUUCUUGUGUAUCAAAUUCUUCGUGGCUUGAAGUAUAUCCAUUCUGCUGGAAUAAUACAUAGGGAUUUAAAGCCAUCCAACAUAGCUGUUAAUGAAGAUUGUGAAUUGAAGAUACUGGACUUUGGUUUGGCCAGGCCUACAGAAAAUGAAAUGACUGGAUAUGUUGCCACAAGAUGGUACAGGGCACCCGAAAUCAUGCUUAAUUGGAUGCAUUACAACCAAACAGUUGACAUUUGGUCAGUAGGAUGCAUUAUGGCAGAGUUGUUAACUGGAAGAACACUAUUCCCUGGAACAGAUCACAUUGAUCACCUAACACGAGUGUUAGUACUCUGUGGUACUCCCACAGAAGAAACAUUAAGCAAAAUUACUAGCCAAGAGGCUAGAAAUUAUAUCCAAAGUUUACCACCAUUAAAAAAGAAGAAUUUCAAAGAUGUGUUUCGUGGUGCUAAUCCUCUAGCUAUUGAUUUAUUGGAAUUGAUGUUGGAGUUGGACGCAGAGAAAAGAAUUACAGCGGAACAAGCUUUAGCGCAUCCGUAUCUAUCGCAAUAUGCGGAUCCGACUGACGAACCUGUUUCUUUACCUUAUGAUCAGAGUUUCGAGGAUAUGGACUUGCCAGUAGAGAAGUGGAAGGAACUUGUGUAUCAUGAAGUUGUAAACUUCGUUCCACAGCAACUACCUACCUUGUCUUCGACAAUUGAAACAACUUCAGAUAUGUAAAGAUAUAAUUAUUUUUAAGCUGAGAGUAAUGUAGAUUUUAAACACACAAUAAGAUAAAUCUAAUCAUAAUUGAUAACAGGUACCCAUGAAUAAUGAACAUUUAUAUAUGGUUAUCACAUGUAUACAUAUAUACACAUAUAUAAUUCACUGUAUAUAAUUUAUAGUUAUAAU